CGGCCCGAUGGCGGCGGCCGCGCCGAGGACCCCGGCUGAGGGCAGGGUGACCUUUGAAGAUGUGACCGUGUACUUCUCCUGGGAGGAGUGGGAGCUCCUUGAUGAGGCCCAGAGAUGCCUCUACCACGAUGUGAUGCUGGAGAACUUGCGACUUAUAAGCUCCUUGGGUUGUUCACAUGAAGCAGAAGAUGAGCAGACCAUUUCUGUGCCCCAACUGUCCCAGGUCAGGACCCCAAAGGCACGUGUAUCUUCACAGAAGACUCUGUGCUCUGAGAUGCGUGGCCCAGAGCUAAAGGACAUUUUGCACUGGAGUGACUGUAAGGGGACACAUUGUGGGCAGAAACCGUACAGGAUUGGGGCGUGUGAAAAGCAGCUGUGUUUUAGUGCGGAACCUCACCCGAAGCAUCACAUUGGAGGGAAAUACUUUCAAAAUAAUGUGGACAGUGCCCCAUUUGUGAGCAACUGCAAAAUCAUCGUGCCAGGGAAGCCUUUAUCCUGUGGGGGGCGCGUGAGGGAUUUCCUGGCCAGCUCCAGAUUUCAUCAGCAACAGGCCCCACACACCAGGGAGAAGUCGAACAGAACUCAGUGUGGACCGGCUAUUUCUGGGGGGAAAUCUCAAUACAACUCUGGAAAAUACUCAAAAGACUUCAAUUACAAACACACACUUGUUCAUCACCAGGGAGCCCUCACCAAGGAAAAAUGCUACGUGUGCAGUGAGUGUGGGAAAUCCUUUAGCAAGAGCUACAGCCUCAGUGACCACUGGAGAGUUCACACUGGAGAAAAGCCUUAUGAGUGUGGGGAGUGUGGGAAGUCCUUUAGGCAAAGCUCAAGCCUCAUUCAGCAUCGGAGAGUCCACACUGGAGCAAGGCCUCAUGGAUGCGACCAGUGCGGAAAAUUGUUUAGCAACAAGUCCAACCUCAUUAAACAUCGGAGAAUUCACACUGGAGAAAGACCGUAUGAGUGUAGCGAGUGUGGGAAGUCCUUUAGCGAAAGCUCUGCGCUGCUUCAGCAUCGGAGUGUUCACACUGGAGAAAGGCCCUAUGAAUGCAGCGAAUGUGGGAAAUUCUUUACCUACCACUCCAGCCUCAUAAAACACCAGAGAGUUCACUCGGGAUCGAGGCCCUAUGAGUGCAGUGAAUGUGGGAAAUCCUUUACUCAGAACUCCAGCCUCAUUGAGCACCGUAGAGUUCAUAGUGGAGAAAGGCCUUAUAAAUGCAGUGAAUGUGGAAAAUCUUUCAGUCAAAGCUCUGCACUUCUUCAGCAUCGGCGAGUUCACACCGGGGAAAGGCCUUAUGAGUGCAGCGAAUGUGGGAAAUUCUUUACUUACAGCUCCAGCCUCUUAAAACACCAGAGAGUACACACUGGGUCAAGGCCCUACGAGUGCAGUGAGUGUGGGAAGUCCUUUACUCAGAACUCCAGCCUCAUCAAACACAGGAGGAUUCACACUGGAGAAAGGCCCUACGAGUGCAGUGAAUGUAGGAAAUCUUUUAGCCACAGCUCUAGUCUCAUUAAACACCGAAGAGUUCACACUGGAUAAAGGUAUUGGCGAGUGCAGUGAAUUGAGGAAGUUGUUUACCUGCAGCUCAAACUUCAGUAACCACUAUAGAGUUUACACUGGAGAAAGACUUUGUGAGUCUUUGAAUGUGGGACAUGAUUUAUCUACAACUCCAGAUUCCUAAAACACCGUAAUGUUCACAUUAAUGAUGGCCUUCUGAGUGCAACAAAUGUGGGAAUCAUCUAACCAAAGUCCAGCUCUAUUACACUCCAGAGAUUUCACGGAGGAAGGCCUCGUAAGGUCAUUGAAUGUGAGAAAGCCUUAGCCAAAGUACUUACCUCAUUGGAUGCCACAAAUGUCAGAUGGGAGAAACCUUACAGGUGCACGUAUAUGGUUUUUCUUUGCUAAGUAACCACACUAGAGCUCCCAUGUGAAGGUGCCAUUUGCUUGUGUUGAAUCUCAGACAUCUGAACAUCUACAUGAAUUCCAGGUACGUGGGAGCUGCAGUGCACUUUUUUUUUCUUUUAAAGAUUUAUUUAUUUAUACAAGCACUGGGGUACAGGCCAGAGAUGCGGGAGGGUGAGAGGAUUCACCGGAGACAGAACAGGCAGAUGGACCGAAAUACGCUGCUGAGGGGAGCAGCGGGGAGACAGGAGAGGUCUGCCACGCCAUGUGGGUAGCUCCCUGGCUGGCAGUGAUCGAACCCGCACUGCAGAGGCUGCCAACAGCUGCACAGCGCUGCGCUCAACCAGCUGUGCCACCAGGGAGCCCCCUGCAGUGUACUUUUCUAUUCUACCCAGGACUGUAGCCACAUUUACAUCACUGACAGUUCUGUGACCGAAGCCAUUUCACCUCUGCAGUCCAGCAGGUACCCUCAGCCCUGUCAUCCCAGCGUGCCCGGAAGCUCACCCAGCGCGGUCCUGUUGCAGGAUGAUCCGGGAGGAGCCUGAGCACACCCUCCCCGUUCUUCCCCUUUCUGGGGAGUUACCCGUUUCGUCGUGGAGGACGCUGUUGGUGUGUGGGGAAAAAAAGGACGACGUCUUUCAGGAUAUCAUCAGCCUCAUGAGAUUGUAGCGAUGGAAUUUUCCAGCCUCGACGGCAUCUACCACGUAACAGUCUGCCUCCCAUUACUCUUGUGUGUACGAUAACGUGUGUCUUACUUCGGCCAGCAGUAAUCCUGGGGGGUUCUCGCUGUAUCGGGUGGUUUGAGAUUAACUGAGUUUGUUACCUGAACGGGGUAAAUGGGAAUUUUCAUAGUUCAGACUGAGGAGACAGUGGUGAUAACCUUCGCGCUUCGGAGAGAAACUGGAACUCAUUCUCUUCCUCACGGGAGACAUGAGCUCACGCUCAGUGUUAGUAAAGGCAAGUCUGUUCUCCAGGUCCUACAGCGGAGCCAGGGGCCUGUUGUCAUGAAUUCCGAAGCAUCACCAGUGUGAUGGGUAGGAAGGAGUAAUAACUGUUACAGGUGAGCAGAGUGGAGGCGGCCGCAGCAGCUUGUUUGGAACGUGCCUCUUUUAUCGGGCGCCUGUGACGUUGAUACACUAUUCACCAUGAAGGAUGCACAGGUACAGGGACACUCAGGACCUCCAGGAGUCUGUAUCUUACAUAACUGAGGGUGUUGAAAGAGAAAAUAAAGGCUUUGUGGAUUCGUCUGCUGUCUCUGGGAUGUUUACUCUGGCAGGGAAACAAAACAGCCGGAAGCGGCCCCAUGCAGUGAUGGCCUUUGUGGCCCGCAGUUCUCCUGUUGAGUGAAACAGCCUUUAUCGCUCCCCACUUGUUGCAGCUACGGAGGCGGCACCCCUCUCGUCAGGAACAGAUGGCGGAAUCAAUGGUUUCCCAGCUUGAUUUUCUAAAGAGUGGGAAAUUCAGAGUUUUAACUUCAAUCCUAUUUUUCAAGUUAUAAUGACAUGCAGUACACUCUUCCUGCUUCAGUGUACAAUUUGAUAAAUGUGACGUUCAUAAAAACCCGUGAUUCCACCAAACUAUCAUGAUAAUAAACUUUCGCGUUACCCUUACAUGUAUCUGUGUCCUUUCAUGAUUCCUGUGCUGCAGGCCAUUGAUUUAGUUUGCUUUAUUAUUGGUUUGUAUUUUCUGGAACACUCUGAUUGAAGUCAUAGUCUGUUUCUUGGGUACCCUCAUGUGAUGUGUAUUUUGAAAUUCAUCAGUCGUGCUUACAUGAGUAGAAUAUUCUUAUUGAAUCCCGGAGAAGUACGUUCUUGGGAUAUACCACUAUUUAUUACAUCAUCCCUAUUUUAAUUGGUUCCAGUUCUGGCUAUUGCAAAUGAAACCUUCAGAAGCUGGAUAGUCUUCCGAUGGGGAGGUUUCAUUUCUCUCAUGUUGCUUGCUUGUAAGUGCACCACCUGAGGCCAUGUAGGUGACAGUGUGAGUUUUUAUGGAGCCAGGUCUGUUAGACGUGAUUAUUUCCUUUCGUUUUCCCUCAGCGUGUGAGUCCCUUUCGCUCAUAUCCUACAUAAUAGUGAGUGGUUAGUCCUUUUCCAUUUUGAUCUUUGUAGAAAUGUGGCUCUCACUCAAAAAGUAUCUGCCUUUGGCUUUCAGCACAUUUCCCUGAGGUUUCCUGGUGGUUAGCGUAGCUAGUGUACAAGAGACGGGGGAAGGUGUGCCGCUUAAGUGUAUACGAAGUGCCUGUGUUGAGAUCCUCAUCCACAGAGGUGAUGGUAUUGGGAGAUGGGGCUUUUGGAGGUGCUUAAGUUAUGACAGUGGAGCCCCCAUAAAUGAAAUGGAGGCCCUCAAAACCCCUCACUCCUGUCAUGUGAGGACACACAAGAAGUCAGCAACUGAGCCUGUGGAGGGGGCUGACGUCUGUACUGUCCCUUUAGCCUCCAGUGCCACGAGAAAUAGGCCUCUGUUGAUAAGCCAGUCUGUGGUCUUGUACAGUACCCCAAAAGGCCUAAGACACAUCCUGGUUUUUUUGGGUUUUGGUUUUUGGUUUUUUUGCGGUACCCUCGCCAGUGGCCAGGGAACGAACCGGUGCUGCAGAGGCUGCGGGCAGCCUCACAGCCCAGCGCUCAACCGCUGAGCCACCAGGGGAGGCCCCACAUCCUGUUUCUUAUUAGGGCUAUUUUCAAAAUUCAUGUACAAAAGUGGCAAAGACAUAAAACCCAAUGAGUGCCUCCCCAGGCUUCACGGUUCUUACUUCAUGCCCGUUGUUAUCUGUCCUCUUACCAGUCUCGGCAUCACAUUUUAUUUUACUUUAAGGAAGUACCAUUUUUCUUCAUUCCUGUUAAUAUUUUGACAGGAGGGCCUCCCUGGUCGCGCAAGGGGUUGUCUCAGCACUGUGAAGCUAUCCCCAGCUGUUGCAGCAAGAGUUCUGUCCCUGACCAGGGAGCUGCCCCACACGGCACAGCUGACCUCUCCUUUUUUUCUUUUAGAUUUAUUUUAUUUAUUUAUGCAUACAAAAGCUGGGGAGCAGCCCAGAAGUUCGGGGGUGGAGGGUGAGAGGCCUAUCCAGAGACAGAGUGGGGACCAGAACAGGUGGAUGUACUGAAAUCCACUGCUGAGGGGAGCAGGGUGAGAAAGGAGAGGUCUGCUGUGCCCUGUGGGUCAGCUCCCUGGCCGGCCGGGGAUCAAACUUAGGCUGCAGUGGCUGCCAAUAACCUGAUAGCACUGUUUUGAACGCCUGGGCCACCAGGGGGGCCCCCAUAAUUCUUACACAGGAGAUACCUCAAAGAAACGGGGU